UCCUCCUUCAAGAAGAUCGAUCGCGGCUCAGCUUUCACUUUUAACUCUCUCUCUCGCUCUCUGUCCGUCUCUCUCACUAGCGGGCGCUCGCCUCAGAUUCGUUCUCACUCGGCCAGCUUCGUCUCAGCUCGUGCUUGCCUCGUCCCAAAAAGAGAACUUCAAAAAGCUCGUUGAGUGAUGGGUCUGCUCAGCAUCAUCCGAAAGAUCAAGAGGAAGGAGAAAGAAAUGCGCAUCCUCAUGGUGGGAUUGGAUAAUUCUGGGAAGACGACCAUUGUGUUGAAGAUCAAUGGAGAGGACACUAGCGUCAUUAGCCCCACUCUCGGCUUCAAUAUCAAGACUAUUACAUACCAGAAGUAUGUCCAGUUGAUGUUUUGUGGCAGGUAUACAUUAAAUAUCUGGGACGUAGGGGGUCAGAAAACAAUAAGAUCAUAUUGGAGGAACUAUUUUGAGCAAACAGAUGGUCUGAUUUGGGUAGUCGAUAGUUCAGACCUAAGAAGGCUUGAUGAUUGCAAAAUGGAAUUGGAUAAUCUCUUGAAGGAGGAGAGAUUAUCUGGAGCAUCCUUACUUAUAUUUGCAAAUAAGCAGGAUAUUAAAGGUGCUCUUACACCAGCAGAAAUUGCCAAGGUUCUGAACUUGGAAGCAAUGGACAAAACCCGGCACUGGAAAAUAGUGGGCUGUAGUGCCUACACAGGAGAGGGACUUCUUGAGGGAUUUGAUUGGUUGGUUCAGGACAUAGCUUCUCGAAUUUAUAUGCUCGAGUGACAUCUGUUUUGUAGGAAUAUUAAAAGCAAUUGCUGGCUUUGAUCCAGAAAAUUCAUGCAAAUACGUUGGUUCUGCAGUUUCUUUCUUCUUGCCUGAUUUUUUUAUCCUGGUUCCUUACUGGAGAAACGGCUAGGGAGUAGCUCAGGAAACUAAAUUCGGUGGGAUGUAUUUGUACUGGCGGAGUCGAUUGUACAAAGCUUUUGGAAUGAGCCGGUUCUGUUUGAUGAGGGUCUGGUUCUGCUGGUUCAGAAGCAAGAUCGUAAUUAGCAAGUCAAGUUUCAAUGUAUUGCUGUAAACUGUUUGCUUUAAGUCUGAUGGAUUACUGGUGCAGAUGAUUCCUGU